ACAGAGGCCAUGGGCAGAAUGCAGAAGCCGUAGCGCAUGCGCAAUUGCGAAAGUCCAGUAGAGCCAUAUGGCUUCUGCAUUCUGCCCAUGGCUUAUGGAUUUUUAAUCUACAUAAAAAUCCAUAAGCCAUAUUCCAUGGCAUAACAAACACAGAAGCGUGCGUGAUUGUACCACUGUUGAUUACCUGCAACUCAAAAGAAUAGGAUAUACAUUUUAACAGACAGAUACAACUUUGAAUCCUGGGCAGUGUAACAUUUUAAGAUUGAAUUUCGAAUCAUAAUGAAUUUUUAUUAUAGGAAUGGAUGACUCUGAUUUAUUGUUAAUUUCCUCGGUUUAUCUGGGAGCAAUUUUGGUAAAUCGCCGAAGAGAGAGAAUACGUCGGCGGCGCAGACGUUUGUGGGUCCGACCAAUUAACAUGCGCAGACGGCAGCAGGGUGCUUUCCACAAUCUCUUUCAAGAGUUGAAAACUGAUCCGCAGAUGUUCUGGAAAUAUGCUCGUAUGACACUUCCAUCAUUCCAGAACUUAUUGGAUAUUGCAAAUCCAAGUUUGUUAAAAAGAAGUCCACGUGCUAUUAAUCCUGAACAACGACUCGCUUUGACGCUACGAUUUUUAAGUGGAGACAAAGUUCCUGCCAUAGCGUUUGCUUAUCGUGUUGGUCUGUCAACAGUGCAUAAGAUAAUCAAAGAGACCAGCGACGCAUUGGGGAGAGUUCUUGGCCACAGAUAUCUUCAAGCGCCUUCGAAAGAAGAAUAUUUACAAAUUGCUGAAGGCUUUUGGCAACUAUGGAAUUUUCCACAUUGCUUGGGGGCGAUCGAUGGUAAACAUGUCGAUGCACAAUGUCCGCCCAACUCUGGCACUCUGUACUUCAAUUAUCACAAGAGAUACAGCGUAGUACUGAUGGCUGUAUGUGAUCAUAAUUACAAAUUCACACUAGUUGAUAUCGGCUCCGCUGGUAAGAACAGUGAUGGUGGAAUUUUCGCAAUUAGCGACUUGAAUCCUGAAAACCGGCAGCUAAAUAUCCCUGAAGGAGCCAGCAAAUUGAGCGGAAGCGACAUUCAAAUGCCUUAUUUUUUCAUCGGAGACGAAGCAUUUCCUAUCGGUAAACAUUUGAUGAGGCCUUUCACAGGAAAUUAUCUUGGCGAACGUAAAAAUAUCUUCAAUUAUCGACUGUCUCGAGCACGGCGUAUAAUAGAAAAUUCGUUUGGGAUUUUAGCUAAAAAAUGGGCAAUUUACAAUCGACCCAUUGUUGCGAUUCCAGAAAAUAUAAAUAAAUAUAUUUUAACAACCGUGUGUUUACACAAUUACAUCCGCCACCAAGAAGGUGACAAUAUUCAGUUUCAAAACAACGAUGAAGUUAUCGAGAAUAUCGAAAAUGGGAUUGCAUAUGCAGUAAACGUAAGAGAAACUUUGAGCAAUUAUUUCUUAACACCACCGGGAAUGGUAAAUUGGCAGUACGAUUAUGUGACUAGGGGGCAAAAUCUAGACUAAAAAAAUUAAUCGACGUACGACUCACUUGUAUAUUAUAUUGUAAUAUUUAUUGCUGGUCCCGUUUCACUAAUAAUAUAUACCAUCAACAAUAACAUAUUAUGCGAUACUUAAUCUUAUUAAAAGGAUUAUUCUUA